CUUGACAUCUGCGCGUUUCUGCGUUUUGUAUUUUUUCGAUUUAAUGUUUCACUAGUCAUCCUCACGGCUUAUUUGUUUUAGAACCAUACCUUUGAAUCUGUUGUUAAUUUAUGAUUAGUAAGCGCGGUCCUUGUAGUGAUGGUGAAUGCUGAAUCUCCGGGAGUGUGAUGUGUUGUGCGGAGCUCGGGGGUUCCUGUGUCAUCGAUUCAGUAAUGAUCUCAACUAAAAUGCUGAAGCAACCACUUGUGCCCUAAUAAGUAGUUCCAGUUUAUCUGUACAGCAUGGAGAAAUCAAGUAAAACUCCAAUUCCUGCAGUGACGAAGAAUAUUUCGACGAUGGAUACAAAAUUACCAGAUUUUAAAGAAGAAAGCACUGAACCAGCACCAGAGGAAACCGAGCCAGCGCGCGGAAACUGGACCGGUCGUUUCGACUUCCUAUUGUCUCUUCUGGGCUACAGCGUCGGCCUAGGGAACGUCUGGAGGUUUCCAUACUUGUGCUACAAUAAUGGAGGAGGUGCAUUUCUUAUACCAUUCACGGUGAUGCUUAUAAUAGCGGGGUUACCGCUCAUGUUCAUGGAGCUAUCGUUCGGGCAGUACGCCGCCCUGGGCCCUGUCGCCGUCUACAACAAGUUCUGCCCGCUGUUCCAAGGGCUGGGCUACGGUAUGGUCAUCGUAUCCUGCAUCGUCAUGCUCUACUAUAACCUCAUCAUAGCCUGGACUAUUUACUACAUGGUGGUGUCAUUUGCAAGCAUCUUUUAUCAGUUGCCCUGGCAAAACUGUGAUGCUGAGUGGAGCACUGAAUUUUGCUAUUCCUACGAAGAAGCAGAUGAGUGCAUUGCGAAGAAUGGAACUUACUAUAUGAGGCAAUGUCUAAAUCAAUCUUACGUAGAAAAACACAACAUAGACGCGCUGGUUGAACACGUUCUCCGGCGGCCUCCAGCUGAAGAAUACUUUACUAAUCAAGUUCUUGGCCUUUCAUCGGGCAUUGAGGAAACAGGGUAUAUUCGACCGGGUAUGGCUACCUGCUUAUUCGCUGCAUGGAUGAUCGUUUUUUUAUGUUUAUGUAAAGGUGUGCAAUCUUCUGGAAAGGUGGUUUACUUCACAGCACUCUUUCCAUAUGUUGUGCUUGUAAUCUUAUUUUUUCGUGGUGUGACGUUGCCGGGUGCAUCAACUGGGAUCCUAUUUUACCUGACACCUGAUUUUAGUCAACUAGCAAAUGCUCAGGUUUGGGGUGACGCGGCUGUGCAAAUAUUUUUUGCUCUGAGUCCCGCUUGGGGUGGUCUUAUAACGUUGUCCUCUUACAACAAAUUCUCCAAUAACUGUUAUAUAGACUCUUUGAUUGUCGCCGUGUCCAACAUAGCGACGUCAUUCUUUGCUGGCCUGGUUAUAUUUUCCGUGAUUGGAUUUCUGGCUCACGAACUGGACGUCGGUGUAGAUAGAGUCGUGGACCAAGGAGCUGGUCUGGCUUUCAUAGUUUAUCCAGAAGUGGUGACUAGAUUACCAGUAUCGCCCCUAUGGUCAAUACUUUUUUUUGUCAUGUUACUUACACUUGGACUUGAUUCUCAGUUUGCGCUUAUGGAAACGGUUACGACUGCCAUUCUCGAUAGAUUUCCAAACUUCCGGCAAAAAAAGGUAUGGGUGGUGUUGACUGUGGCCGUCUUCGGCUAUCUUGGUGGACUUAUCUUCACUACGAAUAGCGGCAUGUAUUGGUUGCAACUUAUGGACAAGUACGCGGCGAACUGGUCGGUGUUAAUUAUUGCCAUUGGCGAGUGCAUACUAAUUGCAUGGAUCUACGGAGCGGAGAAGUUUUGUCGUGACAUACAGUGCAUGAUUGGCCGCCAGUCUAAGCUUUGGGUAAUCUUUUGGAGUUCAAUGUGGCGAGUCAUCACACCGUCUGCUUUGGUAUUUAUACUGGUUUUCAACUGGAUCGAGUAUAAGCCAGCGUCUUAUGGGCACUACGUGUACCCGAUGUGGGCGGAUGCCGUGGGCUGGACCUUGGGCGUCUUGCCUGUGGUGGUCGUCGUCCUGAUGGCCGUUGAUCAAAUCUGCAGUGGACCUGAUGAUCUAACCAUUAUGGAGAAAGCAAGGGUACUGGCCCGACCGACUGAUGAAUGGGGGCCAUCAACGCAUGCUGGCGUCGCCAGUGUGGCCCUGCGCAAGGAGACCGAGCUGUCUCCGCCGGUGCUGUUGCUGCACGGCCGGCCGGUGCUGCGCGAGCGAGGUGCAUGA